UUGCUCACCCUGACUGCUGGGACCUGUUGCUUGGGGUUGGCUUCCUGGGAUGGUGGGGCAGGUCUAACAUAAUAACUGCGCCUUAUCCUGCUUGGAAGCCCGCAGUGUUCAACCUGUCCAGUGUCGGCAUUCUAGUGAUGGGAACUAAGCCUUGCAUAGGCCUUGCCCGUGGUCUAACAUCUAACCUGAGAGCCAGGCUGGGUGCAGCUUAGUCUUAUUCCCAGGCUCUCUUUUUCUCCUUAUCAUCUGCAGAGGAACCAGUCAAGCAACACUGUGUUCCUCAGUUUCCCUCGUCAAGUGUAUGGCCAGGCAGGUGUGCUAUGACCUCCUUCUCCAGCAGACUGCUUUAUUUUUUUUUUUUUUAAGCCAAGUUCUGUGCCAUUCUGUGGGCUCAUCCUGGAAGAACAAAAAUUGAUUUGAAAUUCAUGAUUAGCUGUGAUGCAGGAGAAUGUUGGCUACUGCCCGACGAUUGCUGUGUUGUCACUAGUGACCCUUCUCAAUAUAAAGUCAUGAAGAACUGGGGAGUGAUAGGCGGAAUUGCUGCUGCUCUUGCGGCAGGAAUAUAUGUUAUUUGGGGUCCCAUUACAGAGAGGAAGAAGCGGAGAAAAGGGUUGGUGCCGGGGCUCGUCAACUUAGGGAACACCUGCUUCAUGAACUCACUGCUACAGGGCUUGUCUGCCUGCCCCGCCUUUGUCAAGUGGCUGGAAGAGUUCACCACUCAGUACUCCAGGGACCAGCAGGGGCCACACACACAUCAGUGCCUGUCCUUGACACUGCUGAACCUCCUGAAAGCUUUGUCCUGCCAAGAAGUCACUGAGGAUGAGGUCUUGGAUGCAAGCUGCCUGCUGGAUGUCUUGAGGAUGUACAGGUGGCAGAUCUCGUCCUUUGAAGAACAAGAUGCUCACGAGUUAUUCCAUGUCAUCACCUCAUCACUGGAAGAUGAACGAGACCGCCAGCCUCGAGUCACUCAUUUGUUUGAUGUUCAUUCCCUGGAGCAGCAGUCAGAAGUGACUCCCAGACAUGUGACCUGCCACACGAGAGGUGCUUUGCUUCCAGGGUCUCCUCACCCCACGUCCAAUCACUGGAAGUCUCAACACCCUUUCCAUGGAAGACUCACUAGUAAUAUGGUUUGCAAGCACUGUGAGCACCAGAGUCCUGUUCGAUUUGAUACCUUUGACAGCCUUUCCCUUAGUAUUCCAGCUGCCACUUGGGGGCACCCGCUGACCCUGGACCACUGCCUUCAUCAUUUCAUCUCAUCUGAGUCGGUGCGAGACGUUGUGUGUGACAACUGUACAAAGAUCGAAGCAAAAGGAGCGUUGACUGGGGAGAAGGUGGAACACCAGAGGACCACUUUCGUUAAACAAUUGAAGCUGGGGAAGCUGCCUCAGUGCCUCUGUAUCCAUCUCCAGCGGCUCAGCUGGUCCAGCCAUGGCACGCCCUUGAAGCGGCAUGAGCACGUGCAGUUUAACGAGUUCCUGAUGAUGGACUUCUAUAAGUACCGCCUCCUGGGACACAAGCCCAGUCAGCAUGGCCCCAAAGCCAGUGAGAACCUAGAGUCUGCCCUGGAACUACAGGACACACAAUCGGCCCAAAAGCCAGGUCUGAGCCAGCCAGGGGCCCCCAAGACACAGAUUUUUAUGAAUGGCGCCUGCUCCACGUCUCUGUUGCCAACCCUGUCUUCCCCGAUGGCCUUCUCCCUGCCAGUGGCUCCUGACUACAGCUCCUCCACAUACCUAUUCCGAUUGAUGGCAGUUGUCGUCCACCAUGGAGACAUGCACUCUGGACACUUUGUCACUUAUAGACGGUCACCGCCUUCGGCUAAGAACCCUCUCUCAACCAGCAACCAGUGGCUGUGGAUUUCCGAUGACACUGUCCGAAAGGCCAGCCUGCAGGAGGUCCUGUCUUCUAGUGCUUACCUGCUGUUCUAUGAGCGAGUUCUGUCCAGGGUGCAGCAGCAGGGGCGGGAGUACAGGGCUGAGGAGUGACAGGCCAGCCCAGAGCUGGGGCCCAUGGUGAGGUCCACAGUCCGGGAUAAAAGAAGGCAUGCCACGCGUACACGUGCAAGCCAACCCCUCUAGAGCCCCUCAGCCUUCUGUGUAUUCUGAGAGCAGGCUCCACGUGGGAGCCAGUCCUACGCAGCGCUGCCAGGGUGUACCAGAAGGUGUCCUCAUGUGAGGAUAGUAUCCAUUGUGACACAGGUCAUUAAAAGAAACAGACUCCAGGAGCCACCCUUUCUAUACUGUAAUAUGCUAGGUGUUCUCAGAGGGCAUUGCCUUUGUCUGAUCCUCUGACAUUUCAGCAUAGAUAUUUAUUUUUUAAUAAGGAGGCCCAUAAAUAUUAUUGACAAGAAUUAGUGAAAUUAUUAAAGGCAACAAUUCAGAAGAAAAGUGCCUUUCCCUUCCAGUUGUUCUGAGAUUAGGCAUGACCCAAGAGUCACAGGCAUGAUGUUGGGAUAGCCCUCGUCCAUCCCAGUUCCUUGGAGGUCAAAAGGACGAUUAAGAAUGGUGGCUCAUGCCUGGAAUCCCAGCACUCAGAGGCUGAGGCAGGAGGAUCACUGCAAAUUCCGGGCCAGCCUGGACUACAUAGUAAAACCUUGUCUCCUCCCACAAAGCCUCAAGAACACCUCCCCACCUUUGGGUAUGCCUUUUGGAAUCUUCAGUUCUUUAUGUGUAGUCAAGGUCACUUGCCAAUCCCACCCUGGAUGAGGGGUGGUCCUAGCCUCUUCCAAAACUGUGAUGUCUGCACUGUCUGCUGCUAUCUGCUACGUAAGAUGGCUCGCUUCGUGUUAUCAGUUGCCCAUAAUAGGGUUUACAGUCAAGAGCCUGGGCAGGGUGAGAGUGCGCUGGCCCAGGGCUGCAGUUGCUCCGAACCUUGCUUUCUUAGUGGCCACAGUGAGGAGGAAAGCAGCAUGAAGUCCGAACAGAACUGUGUAGUGGCAUCUUGUUCCGCCAGUGAAUUUGGGGUGGUGGCCACACCUUAGGGUGUGGCUUCAUGUUGCCAUUACGCUCUAGGACCAUAUUCUAAGUAUGUGUGUCUCCAGUGACCUCAAGCAAAGGGUACACUGGGCAUUUUCUUCCCUUCUCAGAUAAGUUUCACAAAACCCAGGGAUGGGAUGGAGAAUCUCAGUGGCACACUAGUACGUGUUAGCUAAGUUUGUAAUUUAAAAAAAAAAUGAUACCAAACCAAAAUCAGACUGACUGUUCCGAUGUAAGAUUUGGAACCAGACCUAUCCAAAGGUCGCUGAGGUAAGGCCAAGGACUUGUUUUCUCCGCAGGGGUAAGCUGGCAGACAUUCCAGAUGUGCCUAGGCAUCGGCUAUGAGAUAGGUCUUACUGUGUAUCCUGAGGACUUGAGACUGUGAGACUGUUCCCCUCCAAGCAACAGCUCCCACAACAUGAGCGGUUGACCCAUUCGUGUGGCCCAGGCGGCCCUGCAGACCUGGCUUUUGGGUUGAGGUGAACACACAAGUGCUCGGUCACUUGGAUCACUUGUGAUCUUAGAGCACUUUGCAGGACUGUAGGCUCUAGUCCUGUCACUUGUUCUGAGGUCAGCUAGGGAAGAGAUGACCAAAGGACAAGCGUGGGAUUGCUGGUCAGAGCCCAGGGUUUGAGCCAAGGCUGUAAAUGUGUUAACCUGACUGAGUGCUAAUGUCCUUCUUCAUUUGUAAAUUAUUAGACAUUAGGUAGCGACCAAUGAUGAUUUCUAGUUUUAAGUUAUUCACAGUAGGUAGCUUCUUCCUGGAAAAACCUAAGUUAAGCUAGUACUUACGCUGUAGGCUGCUGAGUGUGGAGCUGCUAAAGGCACUUUUGUAUCUGCUGUGUACUAUAGCAAUAAAUACGGUUUGUUAGGAAACUC